ACAACUAUUAACUCUUGAUCAAUAUUUUUCUUUAGCAAUAAUAAUAGAAAGCUUAUGUCACACGUGCCACCGACCUUGCCAAAGUGUGAGUUCUGCAGUUCCUUUCGAGAUGACACCCCUGCUUACGUCUCUGCUAUUUGAAUUUUGCAUCAUAAAGAAAUUGAAGGUUCUCCGUUGAAUUUGGAUCAAUGACCACCAUCUAGCUUAAGCUCCUCGUUCUCUCUUCAGCCUUCACCAUAUCACCUCUUGAUCGAUCUUACUCUUUUACUGCAUCCAUCCAUGGACUCAAACUCUCCUCCAGUUGAAAUCUUCUUCUUCCCAUUUGUAGGCGGAGGCCACCAGAUCCCCAUGAUAGACAUGGCUAGAAUCUUUGCCUCCCAUGGUGUCAGAGCAACCAUCAUAGCCACCCCAAAGCAUGCUCUUUCCUUCCAAAAAUCUAUUGUCCGUGACCAGAACUCCAGUCUUCCAAUCUCUAUUCACAUCCUCAAGUUACCAGAUGGUGUUGAUAUAGCUGACACAGACAUGUCUGCAGCUCCCUUCACUGACACUUCUAUACUCCAAGAACCUCUCCUGAAUCUUUUGCUUGAACGCAAACCAGACUGUAUUAUUCAUGAUGUGUUUCACCGGUGGUCCGCUGAAGCCAUUGAUAGAAUUGGUAUUCUAAGAAUUACUUUCAGUGGAAAUGGAUGCUUCCCUCGCUGUGUCCAAGAAAAUAUGGCACGUUAUAAGCCCCAUGAGAAGGUAGGUUCUGAUCUGGAGCCUUUUGUUGUCCCAGGUCUUCCUGAUAGGAUUGAAUUGACUAGAUCUCAACUACCAUUCUUUGCCAGACAGGGUGGGCUUCCCAGAAGGAUGACAAAACCUGAUGAGAACAGCUUUGGAGUUGCAGUUAAUAGUUUCUAUGAAUUGGAGCCAGCUUAUGUGGAAUACUUCCAAAAGGAAUUGGGGAACAAGGCAUGGCUAGUAGGACCAGUAUCAUUGUGUAACAGAAACGUGGAAGAUAAAGCUGAAAGAGGGCAAAAGACCGCUAUUGAUGAGCAAAGCAUACUGAAUUGGCUUAACAGUAAAGAACCCAAUUCGGUUCUUUACAUUAGUUUUGGGAGCUUAGCUCGUUUAGCUCCUGAACAACUCCUUGAGAUUGCCCAUGGUCUUGAAGCUUCCAAUCACCCAUUCAUUUGGGUGAUAGGAAAAAUCUUCCAAUCCACUGAGAAAGAACAAGGAAGCCAAAAAAAUUGGCUUCCCAAUGGAUUUGAAGAUAGAAUUAAAGAAUCCCAGAAGGGAUUGAUCAUAAAAGGUUGGGCACCGCAGUUGUUAAUAUUAGAGCACAUCGCUGUAGGAGGAUUUAUGACUCAUUGUGGAUGGAACUCGACUUUGGAAGGUGUGAGUGCUGGGGUACCAAUGAUAACAUGGCCAAUUACAGCAGAGCAAUUUACCAAUGAGAAGUUGAUCACGGAUGUGUUGAAGAUUGGAGUGAAGGUGGGGAGCAUGGAGUGGUUGUCAUGGAGCAGUGAGCCAUCGGCAGCGGUGAAGAGAGACAACGUGGAGACAGCAGUGAAAAGGCUAAUGGGUGGUGAUGAAGAGGCAGCAGAGAUGAGAAGCAGAGCUAAAGAUCUCGGAGAGAAAGCCAAGAGAGUUGUUGAAGAAGGAGGAUCAUCUUAUAAUGAUGCAAAUGCUUUGAUUCAGGAACUUCAAUCUCGCCGGGGAAAUUGAAACCUUCGCCGGAUAUGGCUGAGAUGGAGCAUAGUUUAAUAGGCUACUGUGAUUUUUCCCCCCAGUGUCUUGUACCACUUGUUAAGUUACGAACAAGAAUCAUAGUAAAUUUACACUUCAGCCCUUAGUGGGAUAGUGAAUUAGCGUGUAUGAUCUUUCUUGUAAGCGAUCUUGACACAUGAACCAAGUUCACUAUGGGAAUAUAGACUAAUAAUUUACAUA